AUGUUUCAGGUGUUGAAGCGUGUUAGCUCGAGCAGGGUGCGUCUGGGCCUGCUCUCGGUCAUCGUGGGAUGGGUGCUGGGCUAUCUCGCCGUCGCCAUCAUCGCCAACCACAGGAGGACCAUGCAGUACGGAAUGGACGAUGGGGUGGGGGACGAGCUAGCAGGCAUCGCCAUCCGCCCGCGCCCGCCCGGUCUCCUAACCACCGACCCCAUGGAUUACCCAAAACCCAAAGUAUUUUUCGACAUAAACAUCGACGGGCGGCCCGCGGGCAGAAUAAUCUUCGAGCUCUUCACCAAGCAGGCGCCCCGGGCAGCUGAAAAUUUCCGGGCGCUGUGCACGGGGGAGAAAGGGCGGGUGCCGAACGAGCCGGGCAGGGAGGGGGCGGGGAUGCCGCUGCAUUACAAGGGAGCAGAGUUCUAUAGAGUGAUUGACCGGUUUAUCUGUCAGACUGGGAUCAACACGGAGAGCAUCUAUGGGGGGAGCUUCAAGGACGACCCGCUAGCCCUGCUGCUGAAGCACAACAAGAAGGGGUUGCUAUCAGCAGCCAACGUUGGUCCAGAUACCACCACCACACAUUUCUCUAUCGUUGUGGCUCCAGCACCCCAUUUAGACGGGCACUACCCUAUUUUUGGCCAAGUG